AUGACGGUCCAUGGCAAGCAGAGCGAGCAGAUGAGCGAGUACAGCGCAAGUGCCGCCCCCAGGCCACGGCGAGGAGGCACAGUCUCCAAUCUGAGCCAGCCCUUGUCGACCAUGGGCGCCAGCCCAGGCAUUUCCCCCGCCUUCUUCGAUGAGAGAUCAGCAAGAGUUCGCUACCAGACAGGCAUGAAUCGGCCCGGUCGAGGAUUUGCUUUGCUAAUGAAAGAGGAAGCGAUAUUGUCGAACAUGGAUCCGAACGAGAUGCGAUUCCGAACUCAGCAGUCUCCCCGAAGCGAUGCCACCACCAUGAACUCCCUCGUCUCGCCGCCACGGAACCGCCUCUCGCAGACCAUGUCCUCCCAAGACCCCCGAUCAACCCUCUCUCGCCGUUUCACCACUGACUCGGGCCGUGUACCAACAUUGUCUUCAUCUGCAGCCCCACGUGGCCAAGAUCCCUCAGAAUACCAGACUAUGCAACAUCUUCAGCUGCAGAUAGAAAAGAAGCGUAUGGAGUAUGAGAAGAUCCGGGAGCAGAAGCGCCUCUUCGACGCCGAACUGGCCAAGCACGAAGUGGAGCUCGGCGCCAUGCUUGAGGAGCACGGCAGGCUCUCCGGCCACCAGUCCGAGCCGACGACUCCUCCCGAGUAUCGCGAGAACCCCUCUGGAUUUCCUUCGGUCUUCUCCCGGCCGAAUCGGUACUCCCUGUCCAGCCUGACAUCUCCCCCGGGCUUGGCCAACCGCUCAGCGCGGUCCGGAUCCGUUCUCGCGUCGCCUCAGUCGGGCAUCCCGCUGUCCCGGUUCGCCUUCGACGACCAGCUGCCGUCCUGGUCCGUCCCGGGCUCGCGAAGGAACAGCGAUGAAGACGAGAAGGAGGAGGCUGUCCGCCAGGACCCUACGUCCCAUCGUUCGACCAAUGCCGUAAACAGAUACUCGAUGCCCGUCACCAAGUCUCGUACCGCUUUCUACGAUAUCAACUUGGACCAGGCUAACACCACCGGUUUCCUUUUUGGAGACGACGAUAACGUGAUCGAGGGAAAACUCUACACCCAGGCGAGCAACGAAGACAACUUCCCUGUCCUUCGACGUGAACCCAAUAUGUCGCCCCCUUCGUCUGCUGGCAUGAAUCACGCGCGUGCGCCGUCCUACGAUCAGAACGUUGGCACCGCACCCGACGGCUGGUCCCAACAGCACCGAGCUAUUAGAAGCACGUCUGCGAUCGGUGCUUCGCAGCCCAACAACGCGGCCAACAUGACUGACGCGUCACAGUCGAACCCUUCUAGUGAGGCCACCAUCAUUGCUGCUCGCCCCGCGGCCUUCCGUCACUCCCUUGAGAUGAAGUCGAUGGAUCAGAAGUACACUGACCCCGCGUCUGACGCGCCUACUCCUACCAACAACGGCAGCGUGCUCGCCACUCCUCCCAAGUUGCAGCCUUCUUUCUCUGCCAACGACAUUCCUACCCUUAAGAGUGUGUCAGGAUCCACCGUGGGCAGCACCCCCAACCAGGCUGCUCAGCAGCACCUGCACAACCACAACGCCAGCAUGGGCCGUAUCCCAGCUGGUGCCUUGCCAAGCCGUCACAGCCGCGAGCUCUCUGGUGAUACUCGUGACAACAUCGCAGCCGCUAACUACCAAUCCAUUGGCUCGUCUCUGCACGCCAACGCGCCCUCGUUCGGUCCAGCUCUGGGACAGUCCUCGGCCGUUCUCCAGGGUCCCGUCCUCUCCCAGCCCUCUCAGACUCCUGUGCCUCCUAUCAUGGCCCCGAGUCAAGCCAUGACACCCUAUAACAACAACAAUGGUGGAUAUUACGCGCCCAAUGGCUAUGGCAACGUGGGUCCUGCCAAUGGUGGUGCCAACUACCACGGAGUCCCUCUGCUUGCGCAGAUGCAGGGCAUGUCCCUGAACGGUGGUGGAAAUACCUACUCUGCACAGAACUACACUGGCUAUGCUCCUGUCUACGCCCCUCACCAGCCGCGCGAUAGCCAGCAGCGCAUUAUGGCCAGUCGUCGCCAGCAAGACAACGAGGCCAUGAGUCGCUUCAAUGGCACUACGCUUGAGUCCUACGGUGGUUCUAUCUAUGAGCUCUGUAAGGACCAGCACGGAUGCCGUUUCCUGCAGAAGCAGCUCGAAAGCCGGAACCCUGACCACGUCCACAUGAUCUGGCUCGAGACAUGCUCUCACGUUAUUGAGCUGAUGACAGACCCGUUUGGCAACUACCUGUGCCAGAAGCUAUUCGAGUUCUGUAAUGAUGAUGAGCGCACCGUCUUGGUUCAAAAUGCUUCCAAGGACAUGGUUCGCAUCGCUCUCAACCAGCACGGCACACGAGCUCUGCAGAAGAUGAUCGAGCACCUGUCCAACAACGAGCAGGUCUCACUCAUCACUGCCGCCUUGCGCGACCGUGUUGUCGAGCUCAUCCAGGACCUCAAUGGCAAUCAUGUCAUUCAGAAGUGCCUGACGAAACUCAGCGCUCUGGAUGCCCACUUCAUCUUUGAGGCCGUCGGCACAAGCUGUGUCGAGGUAGGAACCCAUCGCCAUGGCUGCUGUGUUUUGCAGCGCUGCAUUGAUCAUGCGUCGGGCGACCAAAAGCUUCUGCUCAUUCAGCGCAUCACUGAGCACGCCGUCACUCUGGUUCAAGAUCCUUUCGGCAACUAUGUUGUCCAGUACAUCAUUGACCUGAACGAGCCAAUCUUCACAGAGCCUGUUGUGCAGAAGUUCCACGGCAGAAUCUGUCAGCUGUCUCGCCACAAGUUCAGCUCCAAUGUGAUUGAGAAGUGUCUUCGCUGCGCCUCUGAUGAGUCCAAGGAUAUGAUCGUGGACGAGCUAUUGGCACCCAGCGAGAUGGACCGCCUCAUUCGAGACUCUUAUGCCAAUUAUGUGGUCCAGACGGCCUUGGAGCACGCUACUCAUUACAUGAAGCAGCGCCUGGUCGAUAUCAUUCGUCCAAUUCUCCCAACUGUUCGCCAGACUCCUUACGGACGCAAGAUCCAAGCCAAGGUCUCAGCGUACGAUUCGACCAAUGGCCGCUCCAGCGGCCAGGUGACUCCUGCGGACUCUACCCAGGGCCAGAUCCCGAAUCGCCCAGCUCAGACCCGCGGCAUGUCCAACACUACCUCCAUUUUGACUCCAGGCGCUUUCCAGAACGGUGCCAACGGCUUGAACAACCGAGGCGCGCAGGUCUUUCCCACCAGCGCGAGUCUGACUGUGCCCCCUCCUCAGUCUCAGCACCCUCAACAAUAUGCGCCUCCUCAGUUCGGCAACCACAUUGCCGGCACUGCUUUUGCCCAGGGACAGGGAGCUUCUGGCCCCGUCCAUGGUGGCCCGGUCUACAAUGGGGCUCUCAACCCGCCUAUGGCUUCUGACAACGGCGAGCAGAACUUUUUCUAG